CUUCGUUCUGGUAACAUUUUGCACACUCUUGCUUUUCCUAUUCUCAUUUUCUCGUUACGACUCCUCUCUCCGCUUCUAACGAUCAUGAAAAAGCUGUCCUCCUUUCUCGUUCCUUUUCUUGUUCUCUUGGGCGUAGUACUUGCUAUGCCCAUCGCGCAACCUGACACCGACUCACCACCCCCUGACACUAUCCAUGGUUUGUCAGAAGGCAGUCUGAGCCAGAAAUCGACGUGGAGCUUCAUUCCAUUCCUUGGGCGCCGGUCGCCCGCAAAUAGCAAUCAGAAAACUGUAGUCGUGCACAAAGUAGUAUACGUGCGCCCCGCCAACUCCAGCCAGAAGCCUGCCCCGGCACCGCAAAAGACAACCGCGCAAUCUGCGAAAAGCCCAGCUUCGAAUGGCGGCUGGCAAGAGCAGAUGCUGAAGCUGGUAAAUGACGAGCGCAAAAAAUUUGGCAAGAAAGCGCUCACCCUCAACCCCGGUCUCAACAGCGCAGCUCAGAAGCACUCUGAGUAUCAGAACAGCAUUAAGCAAAUGACACACAACAACCCAAAGGGCGGGCUAUUUGAGCGCAUCAAGCCAUUUGUGUCGGGUGCCCGUGGUGCUGCUGAGAACGUCGCAUUCAACCAGCGCAGCGUGGACGACGUGAUGAAGGCGUGGAUCAAUAGCCCUGGUCACCACGAUAACAUCGUCGGGCCCUAUGAUAGCGUGGGCUUCGGUCAGUCAAACUGGUACUGGACCCAGGAGUAUAUCGCAAAUUAGGACUUCCAUAGGAUCUUAGUGGAAUCAAAUGUAUUAGGACCAC